AUGCCCACCUCCUACGAAGGCCAUUGCCAUUGCGGCCAGACUGCUUGGACCGCCGACAUUGAUACUGAGCGACACGUUCUAUGCCAUUGUGGCGCAUGCAAACUCAUGAGUGGUGGAGAGUUCACCUUGAACCAGAUCAUUCCCAAGAGUGCUUUCAAGCUCACCAAGGGCAACCUCAACAAGUAUACCUACAAGGGUGACUCUGGCAACUCCGUGGACUGUUUCUUCUGUCCCAACUGUACCUCCAACCCCUACCACCACCAACAUAUCAUGGGCGACAACAUUGUCAUCCGCACCGGCCUACUCAAGGGAACGGAGAAAUGGGGCAAGCCUGCUCUGGAAAUCUUCGAUGCCCAGCGGGCAGAGUGGCUUCCGCAGACGGGUGACGAUAGCGUGAAGGGACCUCCUCCCUCCUAA